AUGACGUGUGUUUAUGGAUGGAGCAAUAAUUCAUUUGAUUCACUAAUAAAACUACUCGUUGAAGCUUUACCUGAAGGAAAUGUUCUUCCCAACCCUAUGUAUGAGAUCCAUAAGACUAUUAGAGAUCUUGGACUUGAUUAUGUCAAGAUAGAUGCUUGUGUCAAUGAUUGCAUUCUGUUUAGAGGAGAAGAAUAUGAAAAUCUGGAUAAAUGUCCAAAAUGUGGGGAAAGUAGGUGGCAAGAAAAGAAGAAGAAGAAUGUUGUCCCCAAUAAGGUAGUUCGAUACUUCCUUAUAAAACCAAGACUACAAAGAUUAUUUAUGUCAAAACAAAUUGCAGAUGAUAUGAAAUGGCAUAAGAAUAAAAGAGUUGAUGAUGGAGUUAUGAGGCACCCGGCUGACUCAUUAGCAUGGAAACGUUUUGAUGAUAACCAUGAACUUUUUGCUUCAGAUCCUCGUAAUGUAAGACUUGGCUUAGCAUCUGAUGGUUUCAACUCGUUUGGUAUUAUGAGCACCAACUAUAGUGUGUGGCCAGUUGUUUUAAUUCCUUAUAACUUGCCUCCUUGGUUGUGCAUGAAACAGCCAAAUUUCAUUUUAACUUUGCUUAUUCCUGGCCCAAAAGGUCUUGGGAUAGAUAUUGAUGUUUAUCUUCAACCGCUAAUUGAUGACUUAAAAGAUUUGUGGGAUGAAGGUAUUGAAACUUAUGAUGCAUCAUCGAGACAAAAUUUUCAAUUGCAUGCAGCCUUAUUGUGGACAAUCAAUGACUUUCCGGCUUAUGCCAUAUCGGGAUGGAGUACUAAAGGAAAACUAGCUUGCCCUUGUUGUCAUUCAGAAACCAGCUCUUGUCGUUUGAAAUAUGGUCACAAGCAAUGCUACAUGGGCCAUCGUAGAUUCUUACCUACUCAACACCCUUGGCGUAUGAAAAAGAGCCCUUUUGAUAACACACGAGAGUUAAGGAUUGCACUUGAACCAGUAACUGGAGAUCAAGUGAUUGCACAACUGGAGAGUCUUGAGCUGCUGCCAUUUGGAAAAGCUACAAGGAAAAGAAAAAGAAUUGCAAACGUAAAUCAUAAUUGGAAGAAGAAAAGUAUCUUUUUUGAAUUACCUUAUUGGAGAACAAAUUUAUUGAGGCAUAACAUAGAUAUGAUGCAUGUGGAGAAAAAUAUUUGUGAAAGUGUUAUUGGGACGUUGUUGGAUCUAGAAGGCAAAACAAAAGAUACAAUAAAGUCUAGAUUAGAUUUGCAACGUAUGGGACUCAAGAAGCAACUUCAUCCUAUAAAGGAUGUGAGGUUUCCUGAUGCAUAUGCCUCAAAUAUAGGUCGUUGCGUAAAUAUAAAUGAACUCAAGAUUCCAGGACUUAAAAGUCAUGAUUAUCAUGUUAUACUUGAGAGACUUCUUCCCCUUGCCAUAAGAGGAUUGCUUCCCAAGGAUGCUUGUGAUCCUUUGAUUGAGUUGUCUUUAUUCUUUGGUGAUUUAUGCUCUAAAGAGUUAGAAUUAAAUGAGCUAGAUCCUUUACAUAAUCAAAUUGUAGUGACACUUUGUAAGCUGGAGCGCAUCUUCCCACCGUCAUUUUUUAAUGUUAUGGUUCAUCUAUCAAUUCAUUUGGCAAAUGAAGCAAAAACUGGAGGUCCUGUUCAAUAUAGAUGGAUGUAUCCUAUUGAAAGAGAGCACAUGGCAAAGAUAAAAAAUGAAAGUCAUAGAAAUAUAGAAAAGAGGCACAAGGAGCAAUUCCCCAAAUGGUUUGAAAAUGAGGUUUUGCGAUUACAACAAUUGGGUGAUGAGAGGAUUAGUAAACAACUAGAAAUAUUAUCAAAAGGGCCGGACUUUCGAGUGUUCAACCAUAAAGGAUACAUUCUAAAUGGCUUCAAGUUUCGUACAAAAGAUGCUGAGAAACACCUAAAAACCCAAAACAGUGGUGUGAUAGUGAAAGGGGAUGAGUUAACCGGACAUGUUGAUUUUUAUGGUGUGGUUAGAAAGAUCACUGAAAUAAGAUAUUUGAAUAGCAACUUUGCUAUACUAUUUGAAUGUGAUUGGUUUGAGGCUCCUUCCGAAGGCCGAAAUCAGGGCAUGGGAUAUAGGAGAGAUGAAUAUGGAUUUAUUAGUAUAGAAAUGACAAAGUUAUAUUACAAAAGUGACCCAUAUAUCUUGGCCUCUCAAGCUGGUUUGGUUUAUUAUGUAAAAUACAAUGACAAGGAAAAUUGGUAUACGGUUGUUAAAGUCAAGCCAAGACAUGUCUUUAACUUGCCAAAUGUUGAAGUUGACGAUGACUUGGAAGCAUAUCAACUAAAUGAGUUGGGUGAUACACAUGGACAACUGAAAACACCAUUAGUAAACCAAGAUGAAGUUGUUUUAAAUGAGGAUGAUGAUGCACCAUUAGUAAAUCAAGACGAUGAGGUUUUAAAUAGGCAUGAUGUUGCAGGUCUAUGCUUGGAUGAAAGUAUUAUUGACAAGGAAGAAGAACAAAAAGAAUUGGAUGAUGCAAGUGACUCAGAUAGUGAGGAAGAAGAAUCUCAUGCAAGCGAAUAUGAUUUGUCUGAGAAAGAAGAUUCUGACACGGAAUAA